AUGUCCUCGAAGCAGAAUGUCGCGAGUCCCGGCAAGGCGAUGACGCAGAAGUCAGCGCCCAGACCCGUUCGAGCAGAGGCCACCGCGUUUCAAAUCACACACUUCUGGGACAAGAUCAUCUCCGUCGACCUCAACUUGGGCGACAAAUACUUUGAGCUCAACAGCUGCAAAGUAUCCUCUCAUGCCAUGAUGCACGUGCUAGGGGCGUAUAAAGAUGGCGAAAAGCCCAUCGAUCACACUUUGUCGCAAGCAGACCAGAAGGAAUUCAUGUCUUCCUUCUACAGCUGGAUGAACGUGGGCGGAAUGCUGAGAGCCGACAACAUACCGGGCGUCUCCUUCCGCGGUUCCAAGAUCAAGGUUUUUUGCCAAGACAGCGAGACGCUAGUGGAAAGCUUCUACAUCCUCAACAGCUCCAAGAUGCAGUUCUCGAAGUUCUACACCGCCUUCGAGGCCAAAGGUUUUCCGUUCAAGCCGAAGCAGUGGACGCUUCGGAGCCUUCCCGCCGAUCCCAACGAGGAGAGGCUCAUUGCGAACUUCAAGAGCUACCUCGGCAAUAACAAGGAGUCCCUUGGCGAGAAUCGGGCAGUCUGGGCGAAGUUUUCCAAGAUCUCGGGCAUCGAGGGGAGAUGCUUCGCAGGCACCCUGGUGCUGCUGAAUGACGCCACCACGAUCAGCGACAAGCGGCCGGAUGCACCCUUCGUCGGAGUCGAGCCGGAGGAUCGGCCGUACACAUACUCUAGCUAG